UGGUGGUUUUGGAAAUGUCCAUCUCGUAAGAAAUAUUUAUGAUGGACAACUUUUUGCGGCGAAAAUUUCUAAAUCUUCAUUGCAAAUGGAGUAUCAUGCAAUGAAAGAAUUACAAAACUUGGCCUAUGUCGUGAAAGCACAUGAAAGAUUUCACGAUGAUCAAUCAGAGAAUGAUUAUUUGAUAAUGGAUUGGGUCAGGCACAAUUCAUUAUCAACAUGGAUCAAGAAGCAAGACUAUGUUGAUGGUGAUACUAUGAGAAGUAUCAUAAAAUGUCUGGUGCCUAGUCUGAAGCCAGAUAACAUACUUGUAGAUAACGAAAAUCCUCUUUCAUUGUUAUUUACAGAUUUUGGAUUAAGUUGCAAAUUAAGCUCGAAUCCAAGAGAUGCGAAAGGGACACCAUUGUUAUGUGCUCCUGAGGUAUUGCAGAAGAACCUCCAAAAUGAGUCUUCCGAUUGGUGGUCACUAGGACACCUGAUAUAUUAUUGCUAUAAGGGAGGUUUUUUAUUGCAGCCUGUGAAGAUAGGUGUUAAAGAUUUAUUGGCAGAAAUUGAUUACCGGUUGCAGUUAAUUAAGGACGGGAAGGAACCCGUGAUUAAUAGGAUGGUAGAAAGAGGACUCGCAGAUGUUGUAGAAUUCAUACAGGCGUGCCUUAAAUUGGAUAUAAACGAACGAACUUACGACAAUAUUAUUAAAUGUAGAAUAUUUAAUGAAAAGGUGGAGAAAGAUGAUGAUGUUUAG